AUGGGCUUGAAAGACUUUGUGGUGGCGGCAAUGGCGUCGGUGCUAGUAGCUGUAGCUACUAAAACAUUAGCAAUAACUCUUGCCAAGUCUGGCUGCCCGGGUUACUGUGGAAACGUUGCAAUCCCAUAUCCAUUCGGUACAAGCCCUGACUGUUUCCGAAAUGAGAAUUUCCGCAUCACUUGUAACAACUCUUUCAAUCCUCCCAAACCAUAUUUGAGGGAUUCAAAUAUCGAUUUUACCAAUAUAAGCAUCGACGGUGAGUUGCAGAUCCCCAACUUCGUAGCACGAGAUUGCUUCAGAAAGAACGAAUCUGAGGACCAAAAUCAGCCCACAUUGACUUUGUCUGAUUUAACCAUCUCUAGCACCAAAAAUGUAUUCACAGUCAUUGGCUGUGACAGUUAUGCUUACAUUCAAGGUUACAUAGACGACCAAAGAUACAGCUCCGGAUGCAUGUCCUUAUGUGACAGUUCUAAGUAUGUCAAAGACGGCUCUUGCAUCGGCUCUGGGUGUUGCCAGAUAGAAAUUCCUAGAGGGUUAUCGGAAAUCAACAUCACAGCUUAUAGCUUUAACAACCAUGUAAAUGUAUCCGACUUCAAUCCAUGCACCUAUGCGUUCGUUGUUGACAAAAGUAGCUUCACAUUCAAGCGGAGCUAUCUUGAUACGUUACCGAAAGAGCUUCCUGUUGUGCUUGAAUGGACAGUAACUGGGGAAGGCAACUGUACGGAAGCAAGCAGCAAACCGUAUUACGCAUGUAAAGAAAACAGCGAGUGUUACGAACCUGACAACGGUUCUGGGUAUCUUUGCAAGUGCAAGAAGGGUUACCAAGGGAAUCCAUACCUCUCUAAUGGUUGCGAAGACAUAAAUGAAUGCAACGAACCCAAUCUCAAUAACUGUGAGCAAAAGUGUGAUAACACAGAAGGGAGCUAUACAUGCAGUUGCUACAAAGGGUAUCACUUAACGGACGGAGGAAAACAUGGACCACGUUGUGUGCCCAAUGUACCCAAUCAAUUUCCAGUGAUUAAGGUUGCUCUUAGUGUUGGCGUAAGCUUUUUGGUCCUGUUUGUGAGUAUUCCUUGGCUGUACUUGGUCUUGAAGAAAAGAAAGCACAUCAAACUUAAAGAAAAGUUCUUCCAGCAAAAUGGGGGUUUUCUUUUACAAAAAGAACUCUCUAAACGAACUGGAUCGUUUGAUAAAGCUAAAUUUAAAAUCUUUACGGAAGAAGAACUCAAGAAGGCCACCAGCAACUUUUCUGAAGAUAGAAUAGUUGGCCGAGGAGGCUAUGGCACGGUAUAUAAAGGAUUUUUAACGAAAGACAAUCCAGUUGCCAUAAAGAAGUCCAAAAUUGUGGAUCAGAACAAAAUCGAGCAAUUUAUCAACGAAAUAGCCGUGCUUUCACAAAUCAACCAUAUAAAUGUGGUGAGACUGUUGGGUUGUUGUUUAGAAACUGAAGUCCCUUUACUUGUUUAUGAGUUUAUCAGCAAUGGUACCCUCUCUGAACACAUCCACAAUAAAGACAAGGCUACCAGCCUUUCUGGGGAAAGACGUUUGAAAAUUGCAUCAGAAACGGCAGGAGUGCUCUCUCAUUUGCACUCAGCUUCUACUACAAUUAUCCAUAGAGAUGUGAAGUCUGCCAACAUACUAUUAGACGAUGAAUACAAUGCAAAAAUGUCUGAUUUUGGAGCUUCAAAGUUGGUCCCGAUGAAUGUAACUCAACUAUCCACAAUGGUGCAAGGGACUUUUGGGUACUUAGACCCAGAAUACUUUCAGACUGGGCAGUUGACAGAGAAAAGUGAUGUCUACAGCUUUGGGGUUGUGCUUGUGGAGCUACUGACAGGAAAGAAGGCAGUUUUAUUUGACAAGUCUGAGGGUGAUCAGAUAAGUCUGGUCACGUAUUUCCUUUCUUCAAUGGAAGAAAAUCGUUUAUUUCAAAUUCUUGAGAAUCAUAUAGUAAACGACGAGAACAAGGAGCAGCUGAGGCAAAUGGCGGAGUUAGCGAAGAGGUGCUUAAGCGUGAAAGGGGAGGAGAGGCCUGGAAUGAGGGAAGUAGCCAUGGAAUUACAUGAAUUGAGAAUGAUGCAUAAACACCCGUGGGACAGUGCAAUGAUUCCAGAAGAAACAGAAUCCUUUCUCUUUGGAACGUCUGGGGCUUGUAGAUCUGGUGAUGAUAGAAUUAUAAUUGCUGGGUAUGACAGCAUCAAAGCCCGGGCAGUGGCAUUUGAUGUUGAUGCCAGAUGAAUGUUGGA